CCCGAAGUCCACAUGAACAUUAGCGAGAUCAUCCGACAUUGGGGAUAUCCCGCCGAGGAGCACCAGGUGGUGACGGAGGACGGCUACAUCCUGACGCUCAACAGGAUCCCGACGGGACGGCGCUCCGGACAAAGUAAGCGCCGUCCGACGGGCGCAGUCUUCCUGCAGCACGGCCUGCUGGCGGCCGGCAGCAACUGGGUGACCAACCCGCCGGCGUCGGGCCUGGGCUUCGCGUUGGCCGACGCCGGCUACGACGUCUGGUUGGGAAACAGCCGCGGCAACACCUGGUCGCGGAAACACCGCACCCUGACGCCCCGACAAGAGGAAUUCUGGAGCUUCAGCCACGACGAAAUGGCGCUUUUGGAUCUUCCGGCCGUGGUGGACUACAUCCUGAAAGCCACGGGUCAAGAAGGCAUCUUUUACAUCGGACACUCGCAGGGGACCACCAUCGGCUUCGUGGCGUUCUCCCAGCUUCCCCGAUUGGCCGCCAAGAUCAAGUUGUUUGUGGCCUUGGCUCCGGUGGCCACCGUGUCCUUCGCCAGAAGCCCCAUGAGCAAACUGGCCGUCCUGCCCGAAUUCCUGUUUUGGGACCUGUUCGGGAGGCGGGACUUCCUGCCGCAGAGUCACAUGAUCGAGUGGUUCGCCGAGCACGUGUGCGACAGACGACCGCUGGACCAUUUGUGCGCAAAUAUUUUCUUCGUCCUGUGCGGCUUCGACGAGCUCAACCUCAACGCGUCGCGCACGGCCGUCUACACCACGCACUGUCCCGCCGGAACGUCCGUCCAGAACAUGCUUCACUGGGCGCAGGCGGUCACCGGAGGUCAUCUGUCGGCGUUUGAUUUUGGGACGGCGGGCAACGUCAAGCAUUACAACCAGACGACGCCCCCGCGUUACAACGUGGGAGACGUCCGGGUGCCCACGGCGAUCUUCUCGGGGGGACGCGACACGCUGGCCGACCCCAAAGACGUGGCGCUGCUCCUCAUGCAGUUGCCCAACGUGGUCUUCCGUCAAGAAAUCCCCCACUGGGAUCACUUGGACUUCAUUUGGGGCCUGGACGCCCCCAAGCUGAUGUUCCCCACCAUCCUGAAGCUGAUGCAGCAGUACCGCUAG